AUGCGGCUGAUCAACAUCGCGGUGGUGAGACGCGGAGGGUGUGCAUUCUCAACAAAGGUGCGGGUUGCUGCCGAGAAGGGCGCGCAUGCCGUGAUCAUCGUCGACAAGGAGGACUCCACUUACACCAGGAAGCAGAUGAACGAUGUGAUCGUAGCAGAAGACAGCUACGCAGAAGAUGUCCACAUCCCUUCCAUUUUUGUAUGCAAGCAAGAUGGCCAACUUCUCAUUAGCCAACUCAGAAAGCCCAACGACCCGGUUGUCGUGGAGCUCGCGUGGAACAUACCCGCGAAAUCUGUGGUGACAGUAGACCAGUGGAUGAGCUCUGCGUCGUCCGAGAGUAUGAAUUUCCUUAAGAGUUUCGCGCCAAAGAGGAAAGUUCUCAACCAGGUGCUCAGGUACCAGCCCCACUUCCAGAUUUUUAGCAUGGGCAGCGGAGGCAGUGCACAGACCACAAGCAAGCUCUGCACUGACUCCUCCGGCAAAUACUGCGCCGAAGACCCCGACGGCGAGGGCCCGGUCCAGGGCAAGGACGUCAUCGAGGAGGACCUCCGCCAGCUGUGCCUUCACGACAAGACAAAGAAAGUGGACCGCAGCCGGGAUUUCGAGUCGCAUGUGAUGCCUCCCGAGUACGCGGUCGCCUACUGGGACUACAUCGAGAAGUUCCAGGAGAGGUGCCCCAUCACGGCGGACACCAGCCUGGCUGAAGACAAGCGGUACGGAACGAUAUGCUCGUUCGCGUUGAUGCGGGAGGUCGGCCUCAGCGAGCAGCAGAUCAGGCUCGUUGAGAGUUGCGCCGACGUGAGCCGCAACACCGAGGAACUGGAGCUGCAGAAGAGCCACACCGCGUGGUCGCCGAGGGCGCUCCGCAUCAACGGUUGGAGGUACAGCGGCAUACUGGAUCCAGAGCUCGUGGCCACCGCGGUGUGCGCUGGGUUCAGCAAGGAGCCCCCAGAGUGCAAGCUGGUGAAGGCGGCUGGCCGCGACUUCUUCGUGCCCUUCCUUCCAUCGAACAUGCGUGGCGGGGUCAGCUUCGCCACGCUGUUCAAGUCGUUGUUCGUGGUGUUGGCUCUAGUCUGGUGCGCUUUUUAUUUGUACAAGCGCUACAUGCAGAGGGAGAUGCGGGCCACCAUCAGGGAGGAGGUGAUGCUCGAGGUGGAGUCCCAGAUGGCGCAGUACGGUAAGUUGAGCGGGUGA